CAGCGUGAUGUCGUGGAAAGCGCGGUCCAGAAGCUGGUGGACGAGACGUAUAACGAUCUGUCGCUAAGGAGUCGUCUCAGCCUUCACGGAAUGAUAACAUUCGAGAGCCACAUGAAUCUUGGUAACGCCGAUGAGUCACUUUCUGAGUCCAUAGAGCAAAUGUCUAUAGGCACCGACGGCAGUGGAGCAACAACGACGCAACUCCCCAGACCCCCCAACCGAGCCGCUCACCGUCGAAAGGCGCGGGGGAAGGGCAAUCGAGCGGAUCAGUUCUGCAUUUACUGUACCUCUGACGAUCGAAAUAUUCCAACGGUUGCGAUCGAGUAUAAGCCACCACACAAGUUGAGUCGGGACGAAGUUAUCACAGGGUUGGUAUCAGAGAUCGAACCAGAUCGCGAUGUAAUCAACCAGGAUGGUGAGGGAUUUGCAUUCGCGGCGAAACGGCUUACCGCCGCUGUCGUGACCCAGCUCUUCUAUGGUGGGUAA